CCCAGUCAGGUCAAUGAGAGAGAAAGAGUCGAAAAAUACAGGUGUGUUGCUCGUCUAGUGCAGUGCUGAGCAGUCGUCGCCCAGAGUGAGCAGAAAAUAUUUUCCCUGGUAUCAAUCGCAGUGAGCGAAUUUACCUGGAACGGAACUUUUAAUUGAAUCCCCCUUCGCAACGCAGAAACAAAGGGAAAAGAACGGAAUUUCUGCCCUGGCUGGUGGCAAUAGGUGUUAAUAAGUGCGAUUAGCGAGUACAAACUUCCGAUUCGGACGGAAGUUGGCUUUUGUGGAGUUUUGAACGGGAAGAAAAAGUGUUGCUGCUUCUUCUGGAAAAGUUCCGUCAUCGAUCGAUUUGUUGGUGGGUUGGCAGCAAGAAAAAGAGAAUCUGGAAAAUUUGUUGGAAACGUCAUAUGAUUCGAGGUGUUGGGAACUAAUUUCCGGAAGGCCCUGAAUGUAUCUCUGAUUCAUCAUAUUUAGGUGAAUUAACGGGAGAAGUUUCAAGGUCACAGCAAUAUGUCUAGUCAAAUUCCUCCACUGGUUUGUCACUCUCCGCCUCCGAUGGAUUUCGACGAUGAGGAGGAGGAUGAAGUGGAUUUGCCCGAUCCGGAGGACGAUUUUGAUGACUUCAAUACGGUACCAGCUACCGAAGGGAGCGAAGAUUUGCCAACACCUGUUCCACCUCCAUUACCGGAUUUUGAUUCUCCCGUAAGAAGAGUCAGGAAGUCACCUUCAGUGGAGGGAACUCCCAUCAAAGGGAAAGUCAUUCCGGAUUCAAUUCCACAAGCUGUGCUGGAAAAGGUGACAUCUGUGGAAUCAGAGCUCGCGAGAAAUGAAAGUCCACCGUCUUUAAUAUUGUCUCAGAACAAUUUUUCCGAGAAUGAAGUUCCGAGUGAUGAUGAAUUCCAGGAUUUCGCUUUUCACCCACCGCAAGGUCAGGAGGAGUCGGGCAUUGUAGGAACCGAGGACAACAUUAGCCUGCCGUCGCUCCAUCUGGACACCGAGGUUUCCAAAUCCGCAACACCAGUUCAGCUAUCAGAAAACGAAAUAAGCGAGCGAGAUUCCUCCCCACAAGAGCUGGAACCGGAAGAAUCCAACCCAGAGCCGGUGCCUGAUCCUGCCAUCACUCCCAUCGCAGUCGAAGAUUCUGGCAAUCGUUUCGAUGACAACACGGAGAACGAUUUCACCGACUUUACCACCGCCUCCAACGAACGGUCCGCAGUACUGGAAGUUCCCACGGCAAACGAUGUAUCCUUCGACGAUGACUUCGCACACCUCGAAUCGACCCCAUCGGCGGACAGUAACUUUGUCUCGCAGAGCAAAGCCGACUUUGCCACGUUCGAUGCCGAUUUUAGCAAAUUUGAUUCAUUCCCAGCAUCAUUCCCGGCGGCGACGGCUACCUACGACGACCCUUCCGGGAGUGCGCCGAAAGACACGGCUGUCGCCGCCAAAGAAGAGCAAGAAUUGCCGGAAGCUGAAGCGAGGGAGGAAGAAGGCUUCGAAGGAGACGAUUUCGAUGAUUUUCAGGAAUUCGCCACGUUUCCCGCCGAAUCUGCGUCCGCCACAAAAUCAACGGACACGAAUCAGACAUCACAAGUUGCAUCCGUAGACGACGGCGACGACGACGACGAUUUUGGUGAUUUCAGUGACUUCAAGCAGACGGAAGUGACGGCACCAGUUGUUGCAGCUGUUGCACCUGUGGCACCAACUUCACGAUCGACUUUGUUCAAACCGGAAAGCAUCUUGGCUAUUAUAAGUGGGAUGUUUCCAUCCUGCGCCACCGAAGACAAUGAAGAUGACACCGGUCAGGUUCAGUGGACAAAUUUAUUACAGCGCAACAAGGUCCACAACGAGCUGAACGAUAUGGACGCAACGCUAGCACUCAGCUAUCAGUAUUCAAAUUCCGAGAGUAACAAAUCGCUCAUCCGCGCCCUAGGGAUCGAUUCGAGAAACAUUCUUUUCGGGCCAAAAUGGAACAGUUCUAUGCCACGAUUUGCGGCGAAUCUUAGCUUUAGUCCAUUGGAACCGAUGAAACCGGUAUCGAGUAGUUCCGCCAAUAGCAGCAGUAGCAGUACGGUAACGACGAGUUCGAGUAGUACGGGAGGAAAACAAGACGUUCCAAGCAACAGACAGCAUCCCUCCCAUAGCCAAAACCAUGUUGCGUUCGGUCUCGAUCCGCUGCAAUCUCCGUUGGCCGCACCUCUAGUUCUGCCGGGCAACGUUCCGGCGGCGCAAUUCGACUGGCACAGCUCGGGAUUAGUCAAUCCCCUUGAAGCAUCACACGCACACACAUUAUUAUUGGACCUAGAACAGCUAGAGGUGAUGGCUAAUCUAAAAGAUAAAAUAAAUAUUGAUUCCUCCUCCUCCUCAUGUGACGCCAACGUUACGCCAUCAUUACCUUCGACAAUAACGACAACAUCUACAACUACAAUUACAACAAUGGCUAACAUCACAUGUGGUUCAACUAACCGAACAACUGGCGGUGGAUCAUUGUUGGACGAAUUGAACUUGUUUUGCUCCAACAACCCGCCAUUAUCCCUCAAACCACUAUCUCCGGCCCUGGAAUGUAACGCUGGACACAACGUUACUUCUCAUUGUUUUACGAACGUCACAACAACUAUGACUACUACUACUACUACUACUAUUGCUGCUGUUGCCUGUUGUAUUGCGUCUCUUUCACCAACACAUUUACCAUCCACAUCAAUACAACCAUCAUCAACAAUCAACACACCGCUACUAACGAACAUAACGACAACAAUAUGUGCCCCUAACGGCACUCCGAUGAAUUGUGAUGGCCAUGCGGCUGCCGCCGUCGGUUCCGCUUCCGUUACUCUGCAAACGUUUGAUGAUUAUUUGGAUCUUAGCGUACAAGAGAUCCUCCAGGAAGGCGGUGCACUCCAGUCCAACAAGAAUGGGUCAGAGGGCGAAGUUUUGGAUACGGAAGUCGCAGAAAACUCAGGCACGUCUACUGCAGAUGAAGUAGUAGCAACAAUCGCUGCGCAAUCGACUCUAGAGCCUAGUUCUCUCGCUAUAGAAGAACCGUCGAACUCAUCAACGAAAACGACAAAAACUCUUGGCUCCUCGUCGCUCGAAUACAGCGUUCCGAGUGGUGACAACGAGGAAACCCGCAACGAAGAUAACGAGACCGAGUUCGAGUUUGUCGGUAGCAGUAGUAGUAGCAGCAAUCAGUACCAGCAAUCAAAGUCAAUUCCUGUAGCCACCAGCCCCUCAGUGUCCGUAUCAUCUCAUGGCGUAGUGCCGUCUUCGUUUGCGUUAGGACUUUCUUCACCAGCGGAAGCUUCUUCUAUCUUAGCGCCGGUGGCCGCGACAUCGGUUACAUCCAGUGGUAGUGUAGUUCGAACGAUAAAAUUACCAGAAACACAUAUCUACACGCCGAGUAAGUGUGUGAAUCCAGUUUCUAGGGAUUCGACCGAUCGAACAGAAGUGUAUGGUGAGAUUGGUGGAGAUUCACGUCUUGGUGGUACAUUCGACAACAGCAUUGCAGUGCGAGAGUAUCACGAUGUGGAAUAUAGUUUAGAGAAGAGUUUGUCGAAAAACGGUGGUAAUGAAGCGUUUGAUGACUUCCACGAGUUUCAAUCAGUUGGCAAAGCAAACAAUGAAGAUUUGAAUACAUCUGAUACAAGGCGAAUAAAAGAUGAUUUCGAUUUUGUUCAUAAGAAGUUUAGCAGCUAUUCCAAACCGGUGAUCGGUGUUUCUCCGACGGCAGAGCUGGACCAAUUAGACGACGAAUUUAGUGAUUUUCAAGCAGCUGAAUCGGUGCCAGAGCCCACAAAACCAAUUGUGAAUAAACCUCUAUCAAACGUAUCUAGCGAGCAAAACCGUUCCAAUACCAGUUCACCAAUAUUGUUAAGUCCUUCGAUUCUCUUGCCGCAGCAAGCACAGCCUUUGCAGCCAACCGAUACCAACAGAGUAACUCAAAUAAACUGGCCGGAACCAGGAAUUGAUCCUGACGAAAUGGCAAGGUUUGAAGCUGCAUUCCCAAAGCCAAAGGUUGUUUCUCGGCCCAGUGGCUCGAAUCAUUCAACCCCCAAGCAUGCUCCUGUUGCAUCAGCAAGUGCCGCAGACGAUGACGAAUGGACUGACUUUGUCUACUCCAAACCUACGACCGAAAAAUCUUCGCCAAUAAAUUCCAAAGGUCACGCUCACAGCAACAGCCAACAAGAGGAGUGGACCGAUUUCAUCUACAGUACACCUGCAACGCAGAAUCUGUCUUCUAGUCAAAACAACUUCAACUACCAGAAUAACUCCUUCGGCGCUAGUAGGAUAAGUGGGCCCAAUUUUAACUCUUGGAAUCAACCGCAGCUUCCUCCUCCUCAGUUCAGUUCAUGGAACAGCAACAACUAUUAUUACGCCCCUCGAACCAACGUUAAUAGCAACUCAUCAACCCCAAUCGCUGCUCAAAACCAAAAAGUGCCAACAUUUUCUACUGCUCACGCAUAUCCUGCUUAUAACACCACCAAUCCUAACCAUAUGUACCAAACGCCACAAGCGAUGACGCUGCCUAGUGGAGCACGCAGCGUGCCACCACAGGCGAAUAACAUUCCAGGAAUUUCACAGUUACCGGAACUGUCUUUCAUCACUCCCAACUCAACCCCUAGUGGCAGUGCUCCGGGAACUGGAGUGAAACCCUUCACACACUCGUUCCUCAACAACGUAAUAUCGAGCAACAAUUUCACCAAGAAAUGAUUGUUGCUGUACGGUGGCGGAAGCGGUGAAACUACCGGAGGUGGUAGUUGUUCCAAUAAACGUAUACCGACACUUCGCGCACUGCGUCAAAAGACAGAACCAGAUUCACUCCAGCAGCAUCCAGCUUCAGCUGUAGCCGCAGGUGUCCCCGUGGGAGAUGUAAUCAUGUAAAUAGCUUCAAUCCAGUCCAACCUCUCAUGGAUAUCCAAACCCCACAACUUAGGAAAUAGAUGCUAAUCUAGUGAAAAGUUUUGAAAAAGUACGGAACAAACUCGUUGGGCUAAAGUUUUAGCUUUUUUUUUUCGUGUUCUGUAAAGCAUCAUCCGUAUUUAAUUUGUUUAAGUAUCUCAAUUUGUUGCAUCGUUUUUAUCUUUUAGAUCUUACGUUUGUGAAAUACCAAAAAGCAUUGUGUAUAGAGCAGGUACUUAUUGUAGAGUAAAUGAACCAUCUACAACUAGAAGUUGUGUAAUUUGUACUUAACUUGUAGACUAGGCAACGUGAAAAUAAGAGGAAACUGUGGGCAAAACUAGAAAAUGAAAAAGACUUGCUACUCAUACCUAUACCUACUUUCCAUCGGAAACUUAUUGGUUGUUUAAUUGUGCUGUUGAAAGACUCGCUGAGAAGCUUCGUUAGCAACGUUCAGACCUAGAGCUGUACGUCUCAAGGAACUGAGUGUGAACCAACCUAUUGUAUUAUUAGCAGGUUAUGUUUAUGUCGACGACAUAAGCGGCUAUCAUUCGGCAAACAAAAUCAUUUUUAAUCAAUAAAGGGAAUUCACAUUAUUUAUUUAGCAAAAUCUUGUGAUAGUAACUAUA